AUGAGGAGAUGACAAAGUGGGUGGCCUCUCUCCUCCCUCUCUCUCUAAAUCAAAAUCCCAAUUUGUGUUGUCCGAAGGAAGGCUGAAGCUCCAUCAAUCAUCACCCCAGUUGCUAAUAAUUUCAAGAACACGAGGAAGGAGAUCGAGGAGCUUCAAUUUUUUAUUUCAUUUUUCAAGUAUUUUUGUUUGGUUAUAAAAUCCAUUUUCAAUCUCUCCUGAUCUUAGCUCGAUGGAGUCUGAGUUCUGGGCGUCUCGUUUCGACGCCGUUAAACGCCAAUACACCUUGCAGCACAACCAUCAGAGCUCCCAUUUAGAUCGGUUGAAUAUAGAUGAUUUCGAGGUGGAAGACGAGGUUCGUCCCGAUUUUUCGUGUCCGUACUGUUACGAGGAUUUCGAUAUUGCGUCACUGUGUUCGCAUCUGGAGGACGAGCAUCCCUGCGAAACCAAAGUCACCGUUUGUCCCAUUUGCUCGGUUAAAGUUGCACAUGACAUGCUAAGUCAUAUUACGCUGCAACAUGCACACCUAUUCAAGUUUCAGAGGCGCCGGAGAUUACGCAGGGUUGCAAUUCCUAACAGUCAGACACUAUCCCUCCUGGGUCGGGAUCUUCGUGAGGCUCAUCUAAAGGUGCUUCUAGGGGGUGGUGGAUACCGGUCAAACAAUACAAAUGCUUCUACUGCACUUUCUGAUCCAUUCCUUUCAUCACUUAUUUUGAAUUUCCCUACAUCUGAAGCAGAAGACAUUUCAAGAUCUGUGAUAUCUGGUGUUGACGACUUUUCUGUAAAGACUGCAACACCAGCGCAUAGUUGGAAAUCAAGUUUUGAUCCUUCAUUGAGUUCCGAAGAGCAAGAAGAAAGGAGGAGACAGGCUGCUGCAAGAGCAGGUUUUGUGCAAGAUCUGCUUCUCUCCACUCUCUUAGACGACUAGAAGAAACGGGGAAUUGCUGCAAAGAGAAUGGUGAGUUACUCUUGGUUACAUAGCAGCUUGACGAACCCAAUAAACAGCUCAGUUGGAUAUGUAGGCAGAGGCUAUAGAUGUACUUAUUUUCUGAAGAAGCAAUGGUCUUCUUCUAGCUAAUAUAAGAAAUGCUUAUUAUAUAUGUUGCAAGCUACUGUUCAAAGGCAGAUCUUCAGCAUAGUAGCAUAUGGAACUUUCGGCUCAGUCAUUUCCACAAAGCAGGUGAGAAGAAAGUUUGGAAGACCACAUUCUGGUGGAAGUGCCGUGGAUAAAAAGAAAUCCAAUGUGAACAGGUCUACUGACUACUCAUUCCUAUGAUAUAUAUUAGCUAGUCAAGGUGCUAUUGUUAAAAUUAUGUUUUGUUUUUUUGUUUUAUUUUUCUUAUGGUGACCCAUAAAAAUGAAGAAAAUUGUUAAUAGAAGCACUUUCUGUGUUCACUAA